AUGAUACAUUUUAUUUUUAUGAAGCUUAAAAGAUGUGUCAGCACGAGUGACGAAUUGGACCUAGAUGACAAGUUCAAACAACUGGCCGCUGGCGCGCCGUACGGCUCACGAUAUUACACACGCUUUGAGUUGGAGGACAGUUACAUAACUAGACUACCGGCCCAUGUGUUUCACGGCAUACAGUUUGGCGAAUUAAAGUUUGUUGGUUGCAGUCAGUUAACAUGUGUGGACCCUAGUGCUUUUGAAGGGCUCGGACCCCGCAUUAAUAAGUUUACGGCUGAACUGACCGAUUUUAGCGGCACUAAACCCGAUAUAAACGAUACAAGUUAUACGUGCGACUUGUUUGGCGCGUUGAGUACAUUGACAAAUGUGGAGACCAUUCAGAUAAUCGGCAGUCAAAUCACUCAAAUACCGGCCAACGCUUUCAAUGACAAUAUGGGUGUACUCACAAACUUGCACACCGUUGACUUUGGCGGCAGUAUGACCAAGGGUGUUAUCGAGUAUGUUGGCCCAAAUGCAUUUUCUACAUUAAGAAAUGUGCGCCUGAUCGAUCUAUCCUACCAGAACAUCUCGGUGAUUGGCCAGGAUGCAUUCGCGUUCACCUACCGUAAUGACGAGCGGCUGACCCUACGCCUGGAGUCUAACUCGUUGACCGGUUAUAAGCUUAAGGCAGUCGGCCGGGUGUUCCCCAUUAACCGACCGCUAACCAUAACAAUGGGUGGCAAUAAAGACCUGCACUAUUUACCCGAGGCAACUUUUUACCAUAUUUUUGUCGAACAAGCGAGUGGUCAACGAAAUACACUGAAUAUGAGUGGCGAUCAGCUGGAGAUUGACUUAAACAACGAGUGGCUGAUUAGGUAUAAACAGGAGUUGGAUUUGAAGGAUAAGCUGCUCAGCGCGUGGGGAGACGACGGCCGGGAACUACUGAAACAUAGCGACAAAGAGAUGCAAAAGAUACCCCCAACUGACCCUACAUUUUAUAAUCUAGAUGAUGAUGAUGAUAAUCAGGAUGAUUAUUAG